AUUAGGUAUUAGGACUUUAGGAGCGAGUACAAUGCAAUAUGCUUAUUACGGAGUAUCUUCUUACUAAGUAAUUGAAGGUUUUCUAUAAAUAGCAAGUAUAUUAAUAGCUGGAAAUCAUAUACAGAAUUAAGAAAUCUAAGCAUGGAAUAUUCAAAAAUGAAAUUCUUUCUCACUUUUCUUCUUCUUGCACUAUUCAUGCUAGCCAAAACAACUGAUGGACAUUGGAGAUUAUUGGGGAAAGAGAGGCAUUGAACACCUCAAGUACAAUCUCUACGAUUUCUUAAAGGAAGAAGGAAAAUCAGUUCCAAAAGACAGAGAAACAAGAUAUACUUCUUUCACAAAAGACUUUGAACCAAGGCCCAAUCCGGCAUCAGGGUGGCAUGGAAAAGAUGACAUAGAAACAAUAUACACUUCUUUGGCAAAGGAUUUCAAACCAAGGCCCAACCCAGCAUUUUGGUGGCAUGGAAAAGAUGCCAUAGAAACAAAGUAUACUUCAUUUGGAAAAUUUUUUGAACCAAAGCCUAACCCGACAAUGGAAGGAAAUCCCAAAGUUAUUUGAGUUCAACUCAUUCAAUUAUGAUAUGAUACAACUUAUUCUUGAAAUGUUCAUGUGGAAAUGUUCGAUUUGGUUCUUUCGAUAUGUUAUCUAUGUAUUUACUGAGCUUGUAACUUUACUUUGAUGUUGAAGCUUGUGUGAUUUAGUCUUUUUAAUCUUUCGAUUAUAAUUAAUAAAUAAGUAACGACCAUAGUUGGUUGUUGUAUUAAGCGGCUAGUUAUUCGAUUGGCCAUGCCUUGCCUUUGUAUUAUGAUCGAUCAAAUGUUUAUCUGCAAUAAGUUUUAAGUUUAAUGUAUAAAUAUUAUUCAAUAUAAA